GGGGGCGAGAAAAAUAUCACAGGACUUUGUACGUGGAAAGCAUUGGACAUCAUUGGUCCAUCGUGCGAGGACAACACUAUACAUUUUCAACUACAAGUAUUUUACUGGACUGCAUCGGACCAUAUCUUGUGUUUGAUACUUCUGGACAACUAAUCUGAUUUAUUUGGUUUCUAUUCAUCUCUUGGAUCUAUUUCUGCAGAAACGCGCGCUGCAGAGCUUUAAAAAUGCUCGUCGGCCGCAAAUCGUGCUGGAGGCAGUUGCAGGCUUCUUUUUUCAGACUGCUAUGUCUCAUUCCUACAGGAUUCCCCGUCCGGAGUGUGGAUAUGCAGCGGGCUACCGACAACAUCACAGUUCGCCAGGGUGACACAGCCAUUAUAAGGUGUUAUGUUGAUGACAAAGCCUCCAGGGUGGCCUGGCUCAAUCGAUCAAACAUUAUCUUUGCCGGUGAGGAUAAGUGGUCUCUGGAUCCCAGAGUCGAUCUGGUUACCAAAGGACAACUUGAGUACAGCCUACGCAUACAGAAGGUGGAUGUUUAUGAUGAAGGGUCGUACACCUGCUCCAUACAGACAAAGAAGCAGUCGAAGCCAUCACUGAUCUACCUCAUAGUACAAGUUCCAGCAAACAUUUACAAGAUGUCUGAAGACAUGACUGUGAAUGAGGGCAGCAACGUUACACUCAGCUGCUUGGCCAGUGGCAGGCCGGACCCGCUUAUUACCUGGCGAUUGCUCAACCCCUCAGCGGAGCCACUGGAUGGAGAGGAAUACCUGGACAUCGUUGGUAUAAUGCGAACCCAAGCAGGUCGCUAUGAAUGCAAGGCCAGCAAUGAUGUUGCCACACCUGACGUCAAAUAUGUCAACGUGAUUGUGAACUACCCUCCAACAAUAAAGAGAACCCAGAGCUCGGAAGCCCAGCUUGGUCGCACGGGGACGCUCCUGUGUGAAGCCACAGCUGUGCCCACACCAGAAUUUGAAUGGUUCAGGGAUGACAAAAGGCUGUCCAAUAUUGAAGACAUCAGUAUCCAGGUUCUUGGCACUAGCACCAUUCUCAUGAUUGCAAAUGUUGCCGAAGAGGAUUAUGGGAAAUAUACCUGUGUGGCCUCAAACCGACUGGGUGUCCAAAAUUCCAGUGUCUUUCUCUACAGACCUGGAACUGGCCGAGAUAUCAGUGGCGCAGCCUGCGUAUCUCAAUCACUGUGGCUCCUGUUGGCCUGCAUCACUUGCCUUCUCUUCAAGUGUUAAUACCUCUCCUCUCGUCCUCCUCCCACUUGGCCUUUGACCUUCCCAUUCAUUUUCUUGCCAAUUCACCGACAUCCUUAUGGCUAUACCGAUCUGACUGCCCCCAGACUCUUGCAUCAAUAAGAACACCUCACGUGCUGUUAAGCACUGCUUGCAGAUAUUACUUUUCGCGUCCGGUUGUGAGUAUGACACCAAUGACGCAAGAAAAGAAAAAAUGAAGGACGGAAUAAGCAAACAGUGCUCUUUAAAGGAAUUGUGUUCCUCUUUUUAAUACGUACGCACUUCGUUUCUGCUCCUGGUUUAAAAUUGUUUUUGUACUGUGUCCUCAUCAUAUUCAGCACACAGUCAGCCCGAUUUUACCAAUUGGUUAUCUACAAAGUUAAUGAGUUGGAAUAAUCUGCCAAAUUUUACAUGACGAGAUUACGAAAUUAGUCUUAAUUAGUUCAUAAUUGAAGCGUUAUCAUAUUGAGAUCAAAUGGACUCCAUUCACAGUAUAAAUUGCUAUUUAUGGUGAUGAAUAGCAGUACCCAUGUUUCGUGACCGAAAUUGUUUUCAAACUCCAUUUUGCUCUGAAUCUCUUGCUAUUAAACAGCCAAUUCUCAUGAGAAUUUAGCUAUAUUUAGGAUAUUUUUACGUAUAUAUUUGAUGCCUGAAAAUGUAAAUGUAUUAAAAGGAAUUCAAGUUUUUUCAUUGUAAUCAUUUCCAUAAGUGCAAAAGCAGUAGACAGAAAAUAGAUUAUACAUACAGUAUGUAACCAAAAUACUGAGAAAAUUGUGCUGUUGAGAAAACUACAUGCAAUAAAUUGUUUUCAGUGCUUUCUGCAGGUCUACAAUAAUAUAGGUCAUUCUGUUUCAUCAUGAUUUAUUAACAUAAAGAAUGGAUAAGUAAAAAUGAACCUAAUGUGUAAUAUCCUAAUUAUAUUUUGUAAUUUACACCAAAUACUCAAGAUUCUCAUGAAAAAUGGCUGAAAUUAAUAUACAGAGGUGCAUAAUUACUGUAUGUAACUUAAUGUGCAGUGCAUACCAUGAUUUUUCUUCCUCUGUGAUGAGGCAACCUGUUUGAUUGUGUCUGUUUGAUGAGCAUCCUACCUGGCUGUUGGGCAGUGGCCUUCACUGGCAGGCAGCUUGAACCUGCAUUUUUAACUCCAUGCAGUAAACUACAACACGUGCUUUUUGCUUGUGAAUUUCCGUGUAUGACUCAAUGAAUGAUUAUCUUAGAUGUAUUUCCCUUUUAAGAGAACUCCGGAAGCUGAUGAUACAGACAUUUUUAUUUCUCUAAUCCAUUCAAAAUCCGGAUUUUUUUUGGUUUUUGUUUCUUGUGUAGAUUACAAUUUGUCACUGAUAGAAAUAAGGACAAAUAUAUGAAUUAAAGUCAAUUUGAUGAGAUGGAUCAAAUUUUCCCCUCCCCUCAAAAAGCAAAGACUAAUGUGUUACUGCAGGCUGAAGAGGACGCAAGCCCUCUACUUGCUAAUACCUAAUUUACAGGUGACAAUAUGUCUACUAUUAAUUAAACAGUCUUGAUAUCAAAAAAUAAUAAUAACAAAUUGGACUCUGAGAAUGGACACGUAAAUCUCCCAAGAAUAUACUGUACUUACCAAAUUUCAUUGUAAUCUGUCCACAAAUAAUGGAGAAAUGGAUCAAAAUGAUAGUGGACACACUAACAACAUCAUCAGCAUGAGCUUGACAGGCCUUUAGCCUGUAAAAAACCCAGAAGUAUUGUUUCACAUGGCCUUGCUUGCAUAUUGUAGACAGUACAUUAAUUUACUCCUGUGGGAAUUUAAAAAUAAGAGCAGUAAAACAGAAAGGUUAUUCAAUCUUGCUAUUCUUACAACACGUCCUCUACACAAAAAUGCUAAAAUGCUUUCAACAGGUGUACAUUUAUACUGUUUGUUAUUUAUUUCACUGAAUCUUCAUCAGCUCAGGCCACUUGCAUGCUGUUUCCACUGUUGUGGCAACUCAAAUCAAAGUACUGUAAAACAAUUGUGUAUUUACACUGAUUUGAUAACUGAGUGUGUACAGCUGUAUGCUACGGGUUAUAUUUUCAACCUAUUGGAGCUUGUUCUGUAGUAUAUUUAACUUUCAGUCAAGUGAACAUUAACAUAACAGCUUUUCGGGAGAUAAUUUUUUUUUUGUUUCGUUUAAAUGUGUCACACAAGUUUUGCUUUUGAGCAUAUAAAUUAUGUUUAAUCGCAUUCAUGUUUGCUAACUGGAAUACUUGUCUUUAAUGUGAUUGUAACUUUCCGAAAUUGUGCUUCGUUUUCAAUGCUGGCGAUAUGUCCUCAUGUUUCUUUCAAGAUUUUUUUGCCAAUUUUUGUGUGUGUCUAUCAGCAACUUAAUAAUGAGAAAAACAAAAUAAGUAAUCUGUACGAAGUGACAACCAAAGAAUAAUACAAAUUUCCAUGUGGAUUUUUUUUGCAUUGAAAAAAAAAAUCUGAACAACCCAAUGUAACAUUCUUUCACAGGUCAUCCCUUAGUCCAACCAACACCUGAAGUGCCAUCCUAGCAUAUUAGCAAGAUUAAUAGACUAACCACAAUUUGAUGAGUACUUGCCCAACUCUAUUAAAGAUACAAUAUUACCGCAAACAUUGGUGAUACUAGGUAAUUGCACUUAAUUUGCAUUGACAUGGUCAGGUGGGUACAGUAUUAAGUGAACUGUAAUUGUGCAGCGGUGAAGAAUGGCACUGUCUCAUACUGAGAGUUGAUGCUAAUACUUAAUGCUUCUAAUCGGCUACCUCAUUUAGUUGGAUGGCAUAAUAAAAUUUUUAGACACCUCUCAAUAUGAUAUAGUACACUCUCACAGCACUAAAAAAACCAAACACAAUAAUUGACAUAUACGUAUAUUGCUACUUUCUAUUAUAAAACAUACAUAUGUAUAUUAAAGAUGUGUCCGAAAAUUCGGCGCCGAAAACAGCUAGAAUUGCAUUUUUGGUUUUCAAUUAAAAGGCCAAAAGUUUAUCACAGAAUGGUGAGAAGCACCAUAGUCCUCUUGUGAUGACGUCAUCAAAACAUGAUGAGAAGUAACACUACUGGCUCACAGCCAACAUGUCCACGGUUUGGAAGUAUUUUGAGGUAUCAAAGAAAUAUAUUACUUAUAAUCAUGAAGGAAAAUACAAUAAAUUGGCUCGAUGGUGCUCCAAGUGCGUUCUGAAGUUGCUUUCCAUUGAUGUCUCGCAGCACAUCGAGUACGUACAGUGGAUUUGAGCGUGUGCGUGAGUAGGUUGGAGUUUAAUCAAGCGAACAAUAUACAAAUAAAAAUGUAUCUAAAUGCAUAUAGUGGGGCAAAAAAGUAUAUAGUCA